AUGGCCGCCCCCGCGACGUAUACUGGGAUAGCCAUAUCUAAUUGCGUCCAGCUUAUCGGUACUAUCAUCACUUGGUUUUUGUCGGGGUCAUUAUUGGUGCAAUGCUACGAUUUCUUCUGCACCGAUCAUUUGAAUGGGGACUUGAAAUUCAUCAAAGUAGCGGGUGUGCAUCAUCGCGAUUUUCCUUGUCCCGCCUUCAUGUACCAAAUAUUAGUUUGGGUGCGGUCGAUGGCUGUGACUGCGGGUGCUUGGCAAAGCUUAAUAGUUGCAUGGGGAAACCCAACAAUUUUCACUGGCCCUUCCGUGUUUCCCGUCUUUACCGUACCACUCACUGGGAUAGGCGAGUCUUCCACUCAACCGAUCCUUCAACGUACUGACUUCGCCAUUGAUAGAAUCCUGCGUUGUUCAGAUUUUUUUUGCCUGGUGGCGUUGAUGCAAUUAGCGGCUGCGUUUGCCCGUGGAGUAGCUCAUACUUUAGACCUUUCAGCUGAGCUCGUACAGGCAAAAUUAGAAUCCUCAUUCAAGUCAACGAAGCGUAUUAUCGAUCGUCUCAUUAUUGUAACUUUGGAGACCGCCGCCGUCACCCUGAUCACGACUCUUGUUCAACUAAUUUUAUAUUCAAGAUCUCCGACAAAUUCGCUCAACCGAGUUGGCAUAAUGUACAUUUUGGGGGGCUUCAAAGUACUACGGCGCCUCUGUCAUCCAUAUUCGAGGAAGCCCCAAGCAGCGAAGUAG